CUUUAAAGUAAAUAUGAGCUUACAACAAUGCUUAUUUUAUGCGCCGUUUAUUAACGUGAGUCUUAAUAAGCACCGUUUACUAGCGUAAAUAUUACUACAAGAGUCAAAAAGUUUUUGAAAAAAUGCUCCCUAUAUUACUACAAGAGUUUUCAUUUAAAAAAAUAUGACAAUUUUUUUCAUUUUCCAAAAAAGUGAACAAUUAAAAACAAAUAGUAUAAUUCCCCUCAUUCCGUCUUCCCUAGCGAAGAAAGUCGUCUCCAUCUUCGGCUCCCAGCAAAGCAUCCAUCGAAAAUCCAGUGGCAAAGCAUCCAUCAAGCGUACUCGGAACUCCACAACAUCUCCAUCACUUGUCCCUGCAUCGAUUCUUCGCCCAUCGCUUGUUCCUGCAUCGAUUCUUCGCCCACCGACUGUCCCUGCAUCACCACUGUCUACGAAUCACAUUCGUACCAUCUUUGACGCCUUCUAAUUGCAUCACCAUCACCAUUAUGAAUCACAUCACCAAUAGAAAUUGCGUCCCUUCGCUGUUAGAUCGAAGUUCCAAUUCCUCUCCUAUUUAUUUCUUCUUACGCCGGGUUAGGGUUACAAGGGUGGCUGGGGUAGCGGGGGCGAUGGUCACAGGUUUGGGUUGGGGGUUGGGCAGCGCUGGGGUGUGGUAGGUUGUGACGGUGGGACGCCGUUGGGGAACUGUGGAGGGGAGUAAAAGAGGGGACCGCGGGUGUGGAUUUGGGAUCAAUGGGAUAGGACUGGGGUGCAGGUGAGAGGAGUACGACUGAGGAACUGGAAGGGGGCUGGGAUAGGGGACCGUUGGCAGUCAAGGGGUGACGGUUGUGGUGUUGGCGGUGGCGAGGCCACACCCGUGGUGUCCUCAUCGACUGGGAAGUGUGGCUCGCCGGAAAUAGCUCGCAGGGGAUGGGAAGGUUUGGGGACUUGCAAAGACUGUGCAUAGACUGGGGAAGGUUGGGGGAAUGAACCCUGGGUGCGAGAUGAUGACAUGGUGGUAGGGGCAGAAGCGAACCCAAUAAGGGUCCCACGUGUCCCGGGCCCCGUGCGCCACGAAAAAAUAGCUACAUAUAUAUUAUAUUCCCUCCGUCCCGUUGGAAUGUUCCCGAUUUGACAUACACACAUAUUAAGGAAAUAAACUUAACAAGAGGAUAACUUUACAUUUAGGGAAAUGAGAACUUUCCAACGGGACAUCCAAAAAAGGAAAGCGGGAACAUUCCAACGGGACAGAGGGAGUAUAUAUUUGAUGGAGUAUAUGGCUCAGGAACCUGCGACCCACAUACUUCCACUACUACGAACAGGCCCAACAGGUCCAAGUGAAUCAAAUGAAACAAACAAGACUACAAGACUGCGGGGACAGCCCAUACUACAACGAGGUGUCCUUAGGCCCCAUACCUGAAGGCUCCCAGGGUACGUACGACCUCCGACACUCUCCUCGACAUGAUCUCCUCUCCACAUGAUCUGAAUCACCGCAUUAAAUGCGGUUUCACGUCUAACUAUCGCAUUAAAUGCAGUGUCACAUGUUGUGCCUAGCUGAGUUGACUCUCCACCGCUGGUUACUUGCCACAUGUACCCUCACUUAUUGCACCUAGCAUUUAUGGCUACUAUAAAUAGCAAGCCAAUUCUUCAUUGUAAGGAAUCCAAUUCCGGAUCUGAAAUCAAAUAUUUGGGAAAUUCAUUAAUACAUGUCACUUCUUUCUCUA